CCUAGUUGUGUGGGGUCAGAGCACAAAGUGAUCAUUGUGGGCCUGGACAAUGCAGGGAAAACGACCAUUCUGUACCAAUUCUCCAUGAACGAGGUGGUUCACACCUCUCCCACCAUCGGCAGCAACGUGGAGGAGAUCGUGGUGAACAACACGCGCUUCCUGAUGUGGGACAUCGGGGGGCAGGAGUCCCUGCGCUCCUCCUGGAACACCUACUACACCAACACCGAGUUUGUCAUAGUUGUGGUGGACAGCACAGACAGAGAGAGAAUUUCUGUGACUAAAGAAGAGCUGUAUAAAAUGCUAGCGCACGAGGACCUGAAGAAAGCAGGAUUGCUGAUCUUUGCCAACAAGCAGGAUGUGAAGGAGUGCAUGACAGUAGCUGAGAUCUCCCAGUUCCUGAAGCUGACAUCAAUUAAGGAUCACCAGUGGCACAUUCAGGCCUGCUGUGCUCUCACUGGAGAGGGGCUGUGCCAAGGACUGGAGUGGAUGAUGUCCCGGCUGAAGAUCAGAUGAUUUUUAAUGACCUCUUUGCACAGACAUUGCUGCAGCAGAGCUGUUCAGUGGCACAUUGGUGGGGUGGAUGUAUUUAUACUGAACUGAUGGCAACUGUAUUUUCUACAUAGCUGCACACACACACACACACACACACACACACACAGGGACAGGAACUGGGAGCAGGCACAGGAGCUCCAGCUUGCCUCGGGUUCCUCGCAGGACGCCUUCAAAGCUGUGACCAACCUUCUUUUCAAGCUGCCCCUCGGAACAGUCCAGCCUUGGGCGUGGGGAGGAUGAAGCAAGAGGAAGGAGCUUUUAAUUUAGAGUUUUCAGAUCCCAUUGUAGCCUCUCUAGUGGAAGUUGUUGGCUUCAUUGUUGCAGUAAAUCAGCGAGCGAAUCACUGACGUAGGUAUGGACUCUGCAGUGUUCCUGAGGCUGCCCAUGUUACAAAUGCAGAACUUUCCUGUAUGUGUACUGUACAUAUUUGUGUAUAUUUAUACCUCAUCCUAGGUUAAUUGCAAUCUGCUCAGAGCAGUGUCAGCCUGGAUCAGUGUGUUGGCAGUAGUGCUGGUCUGUGACACGGCCCCGUCCCUCUGUGUCCCCACGUCAAUCACACCAUGGCUCUCCACAGCCUCAGCAACAAACUCUCUCUUCAGCCCAUUGCUUCUUUUUUCCACAUGAUUUUUUGAUUAGGGAGGAGGCUGCAAUGGAUUGAGGCACACAGAUUGAGCUUCGAAUUCCAGGGUUGGCAAACAGAACAAAUUUGCCAAAGAGUUUCAAAUGAAAUGGAUUUUCCUUUUUUGUUGUGGUCAUCAUUGGAUUGGGUGAUGCUGCAGGUCCUGCCCACUGCUGGUUGAUUCAGGUCUGGCAGAAAUACCUUUAGCUAUCAAAAAGGGAAAAGCAUCUUUUUUUUCUUAACCAAAGAAGGGGCACACAGUAUAUUUGAAAGUGUCACUGUAAUUGUACAAGUCAGACCCUAAUGAAGUGUUUUUCACAUGAAAAACUCUCUUUGCUCCAUAAAAUGUGCAGAUAUUGAAAUGUGCAGAUGUGUCGAUGUGCAGUGGAGGGCACUGGAUGGGGACAAAGCAGAUGACACUACUUGAAAAAGCUCCAACACGAGUUCCAGGGCAGAACUUGUUGAAAGCAGAACUCCCUUGCAUGUCCCCAAGCAGUGGGAGAACACUGGGAUCACCUUUCCCUGCUGUAGCACCUGCUGGGGUGGCUGUCCCAGGCAGAAGGGUCACAGUUCCCACUCCAGGGCUCCAGGCACUUGGGAAGGCAGUGGAUGGUUGGAAGUGUCAGGCUCUUCUGUGGGAGAUGCUUUGGGAGUUCAGCAAAAUGAAAGAAAUCUGUGUUUAAAAUGUUCUUCCCUUUCUCAGCCCCCAUGUCUGGUAAGGAUGGAAAAAGCAUUUUAAAGACAUUUUAAAGCUUAGUUUGAACUUUUUAAGGUGCUUCUCUUUGGUUCUGGGAUAAUCUGGUCAGCUCCUGCCUUCCUGCCCACCUGCCUCCCUGGGAGCACGGGAAUCCUGGGGAAAGGAGGGGAGGCAAUCUCAAAGUCUGUACUUAACAAAGGCAGGUAAAGAAUUUAACUUUUUAAUCUAUUUUUGGUAUCUCCAACGCUCCCUGGCUGGGGGAUCUGCUGUCUUUGUUAAACAUUAAGGUGUACAUGCAUAUAUCUCUAGUGCAUGCACAUAGAUCUUGGUAUUUAACUGGUGUAUUGCAAAAUGUAUCAAUGUUUGAAGAAUUAACAAUUUAAUGCAAAGA